AUACAAAUGGAUGGCACCAUGAAUAUUACUGCAGCAGUGGCACAACCACCUAUAGACCAAAUUCACAUACCUGCCUGGUAUGAAUUUGCCCAGGAAAUAGGGAAUUAUGGGUGCCAUAUCGGAUGGGUUGGAGCAACCUCUGGGAAGCCACCUGAACCCUCCUGGGAAAUAUCGAAAUCUUAAACCUGGAUAUGAAGCCUGGGGACACCCUGAAGGUGAAGGGCAAAAUACCUGCUGAUGCUGUUGGCUUCAGCGUCAAUCUUGGCUGCAGCUCCAGAGAUCUGGCAUUUCACUUCAAUCCCCGCUUCAAUGAGUCUGUCAUUGUCUGUAACUCCAAGUGCUCCGACGCCUGGCAGACGGAACAUCGUGACCGCCACCUCUCUUUCUUCAGGGGCUGCACCGUCAAGUUCUUCAUUGAAAUGCUGUCAGACAGAUUCCGUGUGAAACUGCCGGAUGGUUAUGAAGUGUACUUCCCCAACCGGCACGGCUACCACAGGAUCAACUACGUAAGCAUCGUGGGAGGCUUAAAGAUGGUCUCCUUCAAGCUCUUCUGAUGGGCACUGCUUCCUAGCUCUAAUAAAAUCCCAAGCCAGUGGAA